AUGGGCUGCAUUCGAGGUCGAAAACAGGCGGAAAUCCGUCCUGAACAGAAGUGGGAUGCUAUUAGUCUGAAAGACUUCAAGUCAACGUCAUGUUUCACUCCCUUCGCCUACGCUUACCUUUACUUUUCUCUUAUUAUAUCCCUGGCCGUUUAUGGUGUUGAUACCUUUACCGCCAUCAAUCUGUUAGCUUUCGAUACCUGGUCGUCUAGUAUUGAACCUACUCAGCUUGUCUCGUUCGACGUAUCGAAAUGGAUCUUUUCGAUUUGCAUCAUCGCCUCUGUCGUUAACUUGGCGUUCGAACAUAUUCGCGCCAUGAGGGUCAUGAAGCGAGGAAGUGUAGCCGAAUGCUAUCUUGACAAUCUCGCCGUGCGCUUAGAAAGCGUCCGGCUCGGGAAGGGUCAAGGAUGGAGGCGCUUUCUUGUCUUCGCCGAAUUGACCAAGUCCAGGAAAGGUGCUGAAUACGUCGCGCUCUUUACGUAUUUCAACUUCCAAUCCUGGAUUCGAGUCAUAUUCUGCUCCGGACCGCGACAAGUUGUCAAUGCUCUGACCUUGUACUCUGUUUACAACUCGAAUCUCAUUCCGACCGAUGUUUCUUCGGUGCAGAGCACGCUCGGGACAUUCUUUGGUAAACUCCAACAUCUCGCCGAUGAAAACAAGCAGCAGGUGGUGAUCCUAUCGGGUAUGGUGUUCACGUUGAUCGUCUGGGUUUUUUCUGUACUUUUUCUACUCGCCGCGACUCUAUUUUACGUGUUCUUCCUCUGGCAUUAUAUCCCCCGACAGGACGGUGGACUUCACGGUUACUGUGAGCGGAAGGUCAAUAAACGAUUGACAAAAAUCGUGACGGUCAAAGUCAAUAAGGCUAUCGCCAAGGAAGAGCGAGACCGGGCGAGGGCCGAGUUUAGGGCGGCGAAGAAGGCCGGUGAAAAGCCGCCCCUUGGACGGCAAGCGACCUUACCCACCAUACCGACUUUCAUGGACGACGGUACCGAAGAUAAACUCCCGGAUAUGCCUAUGCUCAAUCGUAACGACACCAUGGCUACCUUGCCUGCAUAUACCUCUCGACCUGGUUCGCAGCAUAGCAUUGAACUUAAUUCCUGGGAUCAGAAGCGACCAGCACCAUCACGACAGGGAACAAUGGGUACGAAUGCCUCAGCAUCCAGCUUUUCUUCGCGAACUCCCUUGGUGGGCAAUGCAGCUGGAAUGGGCUUUGAUCGAUCGGCAUCUCCCGCGCCAACUCUACCGCAAAUUGACAUGGCCAACUUCCAGCCGCCUGCGCGUCCGGGAACUGCAGCCUCAAAUAGGAGUUUCGGACCUGGUCCCCAACCCGUCCGGGUGCAGACUAACGGGAGCGGAUUCGGUGCCGGAUAUGCUGCAAGCCCGUCUACGUAUUCGCCGGAUACCUCGUCUCCAAUGGACGGUUAUCGCCGACCCGCGCCCGUGCCCCGUCCGUUUAACCAAAUGGGUGGACGCUCUAGUCCAGCUCCAUCCGUUUAUUCGAACCGCGGGCCGCCUUCGAAUGGGCCACCAUCCUACGGUGGCCAACCUUACCCACCCCCUCGUACCCUCGACUCGAGUUUCCACCCCGGCGAACAGGCAGUUCAUAAGCUGCUGCGCGUGUCGCACCGCGAGAACCCAACGCAUCAUAGCCUACCACCGCAGCUCGGAUACCGCGUCGCGAUUUCGCCGCUCGUGGCGGUCGGGACGCUGGAUCGGCAGGGUAGGCCGUGGGCUAGCGUGUGGGGAGGUGAGAAGGGGUUUGCUCAACCGGUGGCUAGGAGUGUGUUGGGGGUUAGGGCGACGGUGGGGGAGGCGUGGGAUCCGGUUGUUAGGGAGUUGCUUGCCGUUGAGGAUGGUAAGGGGGAAAGAGAGGAGGGGGGGCUUGGAGAUGGAAGACAGAUCGUCAACGAUGCAGUCGUCAAACCGGAAGGAGGUAAGCUGAUGGCGGGUCUGUCGAUCGAUCCCGAGACAAGAGACAGAGUUAAACUUGCCGGCGUAAUGGCCGUUGGCACUGCGACAAAGACAACGCCCGGUGUUGCGGACUUGCAACUUGCGUUCCGCGUUGAUGAGGCUUUGGGGAAUUGCCCGAAAUACAUCAAUAAGAAACGCAUCUCACCUCGCGUACCUUCACCACAGCUUGUAAGCAAGGGAACCGGCGUCCCGCUACCCCAGGCGGCGAUCAAGUUGCUAGACAAAGCGGACCUAUUUUUCAUCGCGAGCAAACAUGGCACUAAGAGCAUGGACGUGAAUAUCCGCGGCGGCCCGCCGGGGUUCGUACGUGUGCUAAGGAAUAGAGAUGAGAGUGCGGGUGGUGCUGCAUUGGUCUACCCGGAAUACUCUGGUAAUCGAUUAUACCAGACGCUGGGAAAUAUCCAUAAUGACCCAGCUGUCGGCAUCGUGGUCCCGGACUUUGAAACAGGCGACGUGUUAUACCUGACGGGGAACGCGGCGAUCUUGGUUGGCGAAGUAGCAGCUGUGGUAAUGCCGCGUGCGAAGUUAGCUAUACGUGUUGAAGUUGUGGAAGCUCGGUUUGUGCGAGAGGGUUUAUCGUUCAGGGGCGAGGUUAUCGAUUACUCGCCGUAUAACCCAACCGUCCGGCGAUUGACAUGCGAGAAGGGAUCUAAUAAUCCUGCGGCGGAUUCAAGCAGUGACGCUACUGCUACAGCAAGGCUGGUCACUCGGGAGAGGCUAACACCAACGAUUUCGAGAUACGUGUUUAAGCUUACUACCUCAGGGGCAAAGGAUGUUAUAAGAAAGCGGUUGAAAGCUUGGCAUCCUGGGCAGCACGUCACGUUGGACUUCAGCGAAGAGCUAGAUAUGGGAUACUCGCACAUGCGGGACGAGGACCCGCAGAGUCUGAACGACGACUUCGUGCGCACAUUCACGGUUAGUAGGCCCAUAGACGCUGGGGUCGUGGAUGAAGAGGGGUAUAUGAAGGAGGAUACGGAACCGGAGCUUGAGAUCACGGUUAGGAGACACGGUCCGACGACGACGUUGCUGGAGCGCUGGAACAUAAGGGUCCUGCUUCAAAUCCCGGUGAUGGGGUUCGGCGGCGCGGAAGGGUUUAGAUUACCGACGGGGAAUGAAGGAAAUGAACUCAAGCUACUCUGGAGUAUGAAAGGCGAAGAUGUGCCUCUAGCAGCAGACGUGCUGGAGAAGACAAGCGGCCUCGGAAACGCGACUAAGCUCUUCGUCACUGGGAGGAUAGGCGAGAGGGAGCGGGCUAUUAUAUCUACAAUACGAGGGCUUGGCGCGGAAGUGAUAGAGCGGAGGAUAGGGACUGGCGAUGUGUUGGCGGAGGGCGAGAAGGGACGGAGGAAGUAUUAUUUGUGUGCGGGUCCGGAGAUGACUAUGCAGUUGUUGAAGUGGACGGAGGGCGAGGAGGUGGUUUAUGAAAGCUUUGAGUAUUGA